AUGAAAAUGUAUUUACCAGGAUUGUGUGUCUCAAAUCCAAUAGGCUGUGACCCGCAGCCGGCGCCGCGCCGGUCCGCGACGCCCGCCUCCUCGUGCGCCUCCACCUCCGCCUCCGCGCCCGCCUCCACCGCCGCCUCGGCCCCCGGGCCCGCCCCCGGCUGCGGCGGCGCGCCCCCGGCCACGCCGGCGGCCACCUUGACCGUGUCCUCUGCCUGCGGGUCCGGCGCCUCGGCCACCGGCGAACCGCCUGCCGCCUCCGCCGCCGUCGCCGCCGCCGCCGCCGGCCGCCUCGAGCCGCCGCUUUCGCGCACCGAAAUCGUCAAACAGUUCAUCAAGCGCGAGACGGCGGUGUUCUUCGGCGUGGAGGAGAGCGUGGAGGAGGAGCAGCGGCUGCGCUGGUUGGAGCGCCGCAAGCGGCUGGCGGCGCGCAAGUGGGGACAGCUGCGGCCCGAGUUUGCCGCCGCCGCUGCUUACAGCUCAAGUGCCUAUGCAUCGCAACAGGGGUCGGCGCCCGGUGCGCCAGACGUGCUGCCCGCCGGCCGGCCGGACGGAGGCGUAGUGCCGCGCUGGGCCGAGCCGCCGGGACGCCGGAAACAGUCGGUCGCCACCAUGACCUACAGCGGACUCGCCUACGUCAUCUCGACGUUGACGAAGCACCGGCGGCGGCCGCCGUCGCGCAGCCGGCAGCACAUGCGGAGUUACUCGCUGCCUGCCGUCGCUAACGCAGUCGCCGACACCCGCUCGCCGCCCCUGUUCGCCGACGAGGUGUUCUUUGAUAAGCCUCAACCAGCAGGAAGUACAGCAUCUCAACCACCAAAUGCACCUGACUAUGCAGAUGCUGGCAUAGUCAGCUCAUCAGAACCUCUAGGAGAGGGUGGCUUUGUUUCAAGCAGUAGGGACCAACUGGAUCAUCGUCAGCCACAUCUUCAUGAGCAUUACACAACGAGAGAAAGGGCACCAAGUUGGAGGCGUACACCUGAAAGACUGGAGUGCAUAACUGAAUCAGGCCCUGAAGUGGGUUGUUCAAGAAUCUGGAGCAGAGUCUUGGAUCGGGUAUUCGAUAAUUCUGACAGGCGGCAAUAUGGCAUGAGUGUCCUGGGAAGACUUUUUGGACAAUCCAUGAGACAAGCAUAUUCUAAAAGAAUAGACUUCAAGGAACACCUGGAUGACACAGAGGACCACCGUCCCUUUUUUACAUACUGGGUAACAACAGUUCAGGUUCUCAUUCUCAUCAUAUCAAUAGCCUGCUAUGGACUGGGACCUGUUGGUAUAGAUCUGAAUCACAGGUCAGGCCAGGUACUGGUAACAAGUCUGUCUCUUCAACAAGUGGAUUACCAGGAACCAGCUAACUUCUGGAUAGGGCCAAGAGCAGCCGAUUUAAUCCAUCUUGGAGCAAAAUUCGCACCUUGCAUGAGGAAAGAUGCCAAGAUUAUCAAGGAAAUUGAGAAGGGGAGGGAAAAGGAGAGAGAAACAGCCUGUUGCAUUCGGAACGAUGAUUCUGGUUGUGUUCAGUCAUCACAAGCAGACUGUUCAGUGCGGGGACUGAGACCUACGACCACAUCCACAUGGAAGAAGUGGUCUGCCGGAGAUGCUGGCCCAGGAGGAAGAAUUUCUGGAUCCGUUUGUGGGUUAGAUCCAAAAUUUUGUGAAGCUCCAGCAUCCAUUGCACCAUAUGAGUGGCCUGAUGACAUCACCAAGUGGCCCAUCUGCCGGAAAACCAAUUCCUUUCCACAACGGUUUCGGUACAAAGACAAAAUGGCAGAGCAUAUGGUUUGUGAAGUUAUAGGUCACCCAUGCUGUAUUGGUAUUCAUGGGACAUGCCGAAUAACAACAAAGGAAUACUGUGAUUUUGUUCGUGGUUAUUUCCAUGAAGAGGCCUCUCUUUGCUCUCAGGUUUCCUGCCUUGACAAUGUUUGUGGAAUGAUUCCUUUCUAUGCACCAGAAGUUCCAGAUCAGUUCUACAGGCUGUGGACUUCCCUUUUCCUACAUGCAGGAGUACUACACCUUGCAAUAACCCUUGUGAUUCAGUAUUUUCUGAUGAGAGAUUUGGAGAAACUCACAGGUCCCCUACGAAUAGCUAUCAUAUACUUGGGUUCAGGCAUGGCUGGAAACCUGGCAAGUGCCAUUUUUGUACCCUACCGAGCAGAGGUGGGUCCUGCUGGUGCACAAUUUGGACUUCUUGCGUGCCUCAUUGUAGAGGUGCUUAAUGUGUGGCAGAUGUUACGCCAUCCAGAUCACGCUCUUUUGAAGCUGCUUUGUAUCACAUUGGUACUUUUUGUUUUUGGCCUGCUUCCUUGGGUCGACAACUAUGCACACUUGUUUGGGUUCAUAUUCGGCUUUCUCUUGUCAUAUGCAUUGCUACCGUUUGUUUCAUUUGGGGAGUAUGAUCGUCAUAAGAAAGUGGCCCUCAUCUGGGUCUGCCUGCUUUCAGCAGCCUUCUUGUUUGCAGCUCUUAUUGUGCUGUUUUAUAUUGUCCCUGUUUAUGACUGUGAAGUAUGUACUUAUUUCAACUGCCUCCCAAUCACUCGGGACUUCUGCUCCAGCCAGAACAUCAACUUCAAACGUGAAGAACCUGUGGUAUGACAAAUGUGGCAACGGUUGGGAGGAACCGUUAUUUUCAUCAGGCUCCUGUCAGCUGGGUUACAAAUGCUUUCUUGUGGGAAGUACACUGAUUUCCAAACAAAUGUGGACAGUUGGAAACAAGACUACAAGAACAGUCAGAUGAGCUCCUGUACUGAUGCUUUUAUGCCAUCUGAGACUGACUGCCACAUGAAUACUGUUUUACUUGGACUAAAUUCCUACAAAAUGAUAACUGCAGUUUUCCUUCCAACUAUGUUUCACAAGAAUUACAGCCUGUUUUUUCAAAAGUGUAUGUUAUGAGUGCUGAUCUUUGCCUUUGAGUGAUUGUUUUAUACUACCAUCGUUGCCGGAUUUAUAAUGUGCCAGAUGUUUAACUCUGAAGCUUUAAUGCUUUCUGAAAAUACUGUUCAUUACAUAUAAUAGAAGUGUUUAGUGUGGAACUCAAAAUACAUGAAGACAAUAUACUAAUAAAAAACUGUAACGACAGACUUCUGCAUCUGUGGCUUAAAAAACUGAUAAGAUGCACUUGUUCUCUGUUAUGAAGUCUGUCAGUGUUAAUAGGAACAUGUCAGAGAAAUAAAACUUCACAUUGUGUUUCUAAUACCAGUGGGGGUAAGAGUGGUACAAACUGUUUUUAGGAAAGAGAAUGUGCCAACUUUCAAACUGAAAUGAUGUAAGAGAUAACCUGUGAGAUUUGUUAAGUGAAGAAAACUUUUGUAAACUGUAAUAAUUGUUUCAGCUGCUUUAUAUUUAUGAUUAUCUUUCUAUCAACACUAUUUUAUUUAAACCUAGGGAUGAGACAGAGAUAAAUGUACAGAACAUAAUAUUGGUGAAACAUGUAUCAAAACUUCGCAUUCCACUGUGAGAAUUCUUGUUUUAUUACCCAUAUUUAUCCAGUAUAUAGCCAUUUUACUCAUUAAGUGUACAUUGAACAUAUUCAUUUUAAUAGAAUGCCUCAUCCCUGGGAAGACGAGUUAUUUUUUAUAUUUUUGGGGCAUUAAUGAAAAAUAUUUUUUGGUGAAUUUUCAUUUACAAAUUAAUGCCACAUCAUAAAUUAAAUUAUAUUUGUUAUUUUUGUGAGUUAAUGAUAAUAUUUGCUCUGAAAUCUCUACAAGCAGGAUAUAAUUAAAAUCUCUUUUUGUUUGAGUCUCAAAAGUCAUCACUCUCACCAUUAUCCACACCAUAGUGAACGAUUUCACACAUUAAGGCUCUAGGAUGUGACAGAAGGCAGGACUGUGGAAUGACUCCUUUUAUAUGUAACGAAAAAAUCGCAAAAAUGAUUGCAACAUUGUUUUACAAUGUCUUCAGUCUUUUAUAAAAAAAAUCUACAAAAGUGAUAUAAAAAAUAAAGCUACACACAAGUGUCUGUAUAGAAACUGAAAAUAUAUAGAAAGACUCAUCAUGUACAGUUUGUGAUAUUUUUUCCAUCAUAUAUAAAUAAAUAUAAAUAUAUAUAUAUAUUAUAAACAAAUCAUCCAAAAUGCUUUUUUUGAGCAUGUGAUAAACAAUUUUUUAAUCACUCCAUCACACUGCAAGACUUCAUGUUGAAAUGAAAUGGUAUGAUAUGAAAGUGAUGUAAGUUGGUCAUUGGCAUGUUGAGGAAUCUGUGUAUGAGUCAGCUCAGCAUUAUACAGCAUGGGGUAUGUGUCUUCCGUUAGUAUGUAAAACAUCUUUUUGAAUGGCUUUUUUUAUAAUAAUGCAAGAUGAAUGUGUGCUUUUACUCACAAAAUUCAUUAAUUACUCAUCACAUAUUCUAUUUACCCAUCAUUCUCAGUUUUGUUUGAUGAGACUGAAGUGUGCACUUGCCUUCUGUACUAAUGGCAACAAAAGUAAGAGUAAUAAUAAUAACAAUAAUAAUUAUAAUUAUGAUAAUUACAACAAUAGUAAUAAUGUUUAUUUAGUUUAAAACUUGUUGAAGAAAACUCUGUGCUGUUUUUUGGGACUUCCUCACAAGCUUCCAAAUAAGAACAUGCUUGAUGCUCUCCUUAAAAAUUUAUUUGUCAGCUUAAAGUUUAAAGUUUCUUUUCCCUAGGGAAACAAGUUUUGAAACAUUAAUUCAUAUAUGUAAUGUCAUUACAUCUUAAAAUCAUUUAUUUCUUUUAAUUAAUGUUUUCUUUUGUUACAUGUUUGAAAAUUGUAUACAUACAUAAAACAUUGCAAUGGAACUGGAAAAACCUUCAUACUAAAAUGUGUUUUCAUAUUGAGCUGUAUGUUUCGAUACGCAAUAUUUGAGCCUGCAGGUUGAAGUUUAGUUGGUAUUUCUACAUCCACAUUUUCAUUGUGUAAUGUUCAGUUUCACAUUACCAACAAUCCUAUUUCUAAUCAAUACCCAUAGAACAUGAUUUAUGUGAUUAUUACAUGUCUCGAACCAGUCUUAGGACUAGAGACCACAACAGUUAUUAAACUGUUUUCAUUUUUUAUUAUUUAUUUAUUUAUUUUUUAAUGAGACAUUGUUUUAUCAUAUGUCCUCAAGAUCUCAGUUUCAGGAACUUAAGUUUCCAUGCACAAUCUGUUUAAAUUUGUUUAUAGAGGCUUAAUAUUUUAAGGCCAAAUGACCUUUCACUAGUCUGUGCCCAUGUACUAAAUGCAUAUUUGUGGAUGGUUUGUUGUAUAGUAAAAAUUUAUGCUUGAUCUGAAUUUUAAGUGAUCGUCAGUACCAUACAUUAACCUCUGAAUAUGGAUUUUGUCAUACUAUAGGGCAAUUAUACAUUAUUGUGUCAGUGUUGCUCAAACAAUGAAAUACUUUCAGGUUUAAUGGAGCAUUUUCUUCCCAUCAGAAUUUAGUAUUUUCUUUCAUUGAAAUGGCUGCAUCUCUUGAAAGUAAUUGAGAUGGUGAAGGCCUGCUUGUCUUCUCUCAUUCUUAUUCUUAAUAUCUGAUGAAUGAUCACAGUGUUAGGAAGAAUCCAAACAUACUUACAUAAGUAAUGAAGGUUUUCCCAAAGCCACAAUUCUGUACAAAGGUAAUGAUGUAUACUAAAGGAUGACAUUCAGCUGUUGAUUAUUUAUCUGUGGAUCUUAUAUAUUCUCUGUAUUUGUCUCAGAAAUAUUAUUAUUAUUGUUAUAUUAAUUAAUUUUCUGAAGCUUUUUUGAAACUGAUAGCAAACACCAUACAAAUCUCUUGACCUUAAGUCUUGUGUUGUGAAAAUUUCACACAUGCCCCUUGCUGUAGAUCAAUGAAAUUAACAGUACUCCUCAAGAAAUCUCAGGGGAUGUCUGCAUAGUAAAAUUCAUUUACAAAAUUAUCCAUGAUGUUAUACAACUUAUGGAUGGUGUUCAGAUUUUAUUUGUAUGCAGCCAUGCAAAGUUACCCUGUAACAGUUCAGUCUGAUGUUAUUUGCCAUUUAAGACAGUAAGUUUUGUUUCUACUUCAAAGUUAAUUUUUCAUUCAGGUCAGAUUUUAAUUUGGAUUUGACAUUGCUAAAUAUAUAACACUCCUGAGAUUUCCCAUAUGUAUUGAAACAGUAAGAACAUUUAAAUAGUAUUCUAAUCUUAAAAUAUGUAAUGUGUUUGUGCAACAUACUUAUCAGAUGAUAUUUCUGUACAAUAACAUUUACAUGUGACCAAAUAUAUUUUGAAACUGAAGUAACCUUGAAAUAUGUUUCCAUAAUUAUUAACAUGAACACCUGGAAAUGGCUGUACUUCCUGAAACUAUGAAGUGCAGGUUUUCAAUUUCCAAAAACAAAUGCUUUUAGCUUUUUCUUUUUAAUAAUGUGGUUCAUCAUGUGAAAAAAAUAACUUAAUUUUAAUUUGUCUCAUAUUCCACGUAUGUAUGGGAAUAUGUCACAUUAAUUUAUUGGGAUUGAAUAGAAUCAGAGCUGGUCACUGAAAGUAUGUUUAGAAAUAUGAGCAUGUUUCAGGUCAUCAUUAAGACUGAUGAGAAUAUUUGGCAAUUCUGCAGUUAAACAACAAAAUGUAAUAUGCUUUAUGUUCUCCAUUAUUGUUCAUAAUAUGAAAUGAACAUGAGAAGAACUUUUAUUAUACUGGAAGUUUAUGUGUAAUUGUGAUUUUUUCCCUCCCCAACCUAGAUUUUUAUAUGAGAAGAUAAACA